AUGGGCAAUCGAGAGAGAGAGCUGAAAAUGCUUUUUGGUGUUUUAUGGGUCUCGAAUCAAGGAGGAAAAAGAAAACCUGCAACAUUUUCCCACAACAUUACGCUAGCAGUUGCUGUACAAUCAUGUGCAACUGAUUUACGAAAUAAAAAGCACGAAGCACUAGUGCUUUUUGAAGCACCAUUUGGAGGCAGCCGGCAGAAGCACUACGAUGAUUUACCCCUUAGAAGCGACACCAACGCAAUUUGGGAAUUCAUUGACAUUCGAGCCAGUACCUGUCAACACUUAAAACUUUCAACAUAUUUAGCUGACAAUAAAACAAAAAAAAAAAUCGAGAUAUUUUCACCGAAUAACGGGGAGGCAGUAAAAGCAGAAGGGAAUAAGGGAAUACCGAAAAAAGCUAUUAAGGCAUAA